CAUGCCGCCUUAUCAUUAUUAAUCAACGACUCCAUCCAACUGGCUACCGGUAGCUAGAGACCUUUGAUUGUGCGGAUAACGAGAUAUCGAUUGACAUGUGGCGGCACUUUAUCAUUUCACUGAUUGGCUGUAUCUCUGUGGCCAAUGCGUUUUCCUCUACUCGUGCGCGGUUGCUGCCCUUGACACAACCAUCGAAUGCUGCUCGGUCUUGUGCAUCCAAGUCAUCGACCGCUCUCCUUGUUGGUUUGACGCUUUAUGGCUCUCAGGGGAGCAGAUCCCCACUGGUGAACUGGGCAGCUUAUGAGCUGGGACUGGAUUUUACCAUGGGUGAUCUCGCCAAGAAUCCUCAUCCAUUUGGUCAGAUUCCAUGUCUUGUGGAUACCGACAAAGACGCGACGGUUUUCGAAUCCGGGGCAAUUUUGCUGUACAUGACUACCCUUGCCAGCAAAGACGACAAAAAAAGCCAAGCAGAAGUGUAUUCCUGGGUUUGUUGGGCCAAUGCGUCUUUGGAUCCAAUCUGUUUUCUAGAGACACCCGACGGCAAAGUUUACGAUACUGGAUUGAAAAACUCCAACAAUAAACGCAUCCGACAAUUGGACCAAAUCUUGGACCAACGACAAUACUUGGUAUCGGAGGACAAGUUUUCAGUGGCCGACGUGGCCGUGGCGUCCUACUUACUCUAUGUGAUCCAAUUCUUUCCCGAUAUUGACUUGUCGCCAUGGCCCGGCAUUGUGCGAUAUUUGAAAGAUUGUGUCUCUCGUGAAGCCUAUGCCAAGGCAUUUGGACCUCCCGUCCAGGCUUUUUUGGUGGAGAAACUAGAGAACAUGGGCAACAAGGACAAAAAGUUGUUUGGAAUGUUCUAA